AUGGUGCCCGUGGCAGGAGACAAAUACGCAGAUGAUUUUCCCCUGCUCGAAAGCGAGGGUCAAGUCCAGAACGAGAAAGACUCGUCUGCUGCUCGACGGCAGGUCGAUUCGCACGCUACAAGACGCGACGUGUUGCGGAGGCAGAGUGAUUUCGAUGACAUCGGAGAUGAGAACCCAGUUUCGAUGUCGAUGUCCCAGACCACGGGUUUAGUUCCUGGAUAUUCUGGUAUGAAAGAUGGAUCGACUCUGUCGCAGUCUUCGACAGGUCCUACAGCGAAUACGUUGCCCCGGAAAUCAGACUUGCGAUAUCUAAGCGGCAAUUCAUUCCUUCUCCAGAUGAUCAGUCCGUCAAGUCUACGACGAUCGCCGCGAAAAGAGCGAUAUUCCACCCUGCAUGAGCUCGACGAUCUGCAGCAGCAGGAUGCCGUGACGGUCGAUAUUUCAUUUCUCGAAGGACCCGGGAUUGCAAAGCCUGUUCCCUCCAACCUUUCUUCUGAAUCUGCGCCACCGUCCAAGGAUACUGGGACAGGGCCUGGCGCUCUCCGAGUCAGCUCUGCCUUUUUGCCCUGUGAUCUCGGUGAGACGGUACGACAGUACGGACAGCGGCUGGCAGACGACAAAAACAUGAUCGUCUCGGUGAAAGAAGCCUCUCCGACGGUCGAUCUCAGCACGCUGGAAGGCUCCAAGACGAAUCUCGGCCACGAAAGCUUCUACUAUCCGUCUGAUCCGGAGCAGCCCAACUGGAAGCCGUUUUCCAUGCGAAGUCCCUACAUUGCGAUGCUCAUCUUCAUCUCGCUCGUCCUGGCCGCGGUGCAGGAAUACCUCUUUCAACGAUCACAGCAGGGCGACGGCUUGAUCCGCUACGACGAGGUGUCCGACAUCCCCGCGGGCGAGUUCUUCUGCUGGAAGUAUCUCCCAACCAUGGUCAUGGUCUGCUUCGGUGUCCUGUGGCAGAUCAUGGAGUACGACAUCAAGCGCCUGGAGCCGUACUACCAGCUCUCGCAGCCGACUGGCAACACGGCCGCGAAAACGCUCAAUCUGGACUAUGUCACCAUGUGGGCGUAUUUCGUGCCCGUCAAAGCGAUCCGCUAUCAUCACUGGACAGUAGCAAUUGUCUCGGUGGGAGCCGUCCUCGCGACGACGGCAGCCCCGUCACUGCAAACCGCGUCAGUAGCCCCGGUUAAGAACCCUCAUUGUCGUCCGGACGGCGCGUGUCCCGGUGAUUUCACGUAUAUCGUCCGGAUCCACCCCGUCUGGUCCCGUCUCGUGACAGCGACACUUAUCACCGUCGCCAUCUUGGCCGUCAUUCUCCUCUUCCAGCUGCGGAGAAAGUCCGGCCUGCUCAGCGAUCCCAAAGGCAUCGCGGGCGUGGCUUCCAUGGCGACCAAAUCACACAUCCUGACCGAUUUCCAAGGCAUGGACGAAGCGACGCACGACGAGAUCCACAAGAAGCUACGCCAUCGCCGCUACGUGCUGUACAAGUCCAGCAUCUGGCAGGGAGAAUACAUCAAGAACACUGCCACGACGACGGAGAAGUUCGCGGGCCAUCGCAAAGUCGAGAACCCGCUUCCCAUCAUCCUCCGCCGCGGACCCGGUAUCGCCUUCAUCGUCUUUCUGGCCGUCUGCUGGGCGUUGAUCCCCAUCGUCACGUACACGGGCGCCAACGUCCUCGUGACGAGCGCUCCCUGGCUCCCGAUCCUUGUCGCAGCGGUGAUCAAGCAGCUGUGGACGACGCUCGAAUCGGCAGUCAAGAUGCUGGAGCCCUUCUACGUGCUGUCGCAGGGCAACGCGCGGCCCGAGGUCACGCUGACGCUGGACUACCAGGGGAUUCCGUACGGGGUGCUCCCCGUGCGCGCGCUGCUGAACAGACACUACCUGGUGGCGCUGGUCGGGAUGGGGUCGAUCCUGGGGGACGUGCUAACGGUGACGGCUUCAUCGCUGUCGCUGUCGCUGCACGACGAGACCGUCUCGUCGUUCAUCGCGUCGUCGAGCCUGUCGACGAUCAUCACGGCGUUCCUGGUGUGCGCGGGCGCCGUGACCUGGGCGCGUCGCCGCCACCCUUUCCUGCCGCGGCAGCCGUCGACCAUCGCGUCGAUCCUGGCCUUCAUCCACCAGUCGCGCAUGCUGGACGAUUUCGUGGGCACGGAGCGCUACAGCAGCGACGAGAUGCGCGCCAUGCUCGUCGCGCGCGGCAAGCGCUACGGCCUGGGCUGGUUCCGGGGGAGAGACAACAAGCUGCACUGCGGUGUCGAUGAGGAGCCCAUGCUGAGCCGUAAAUACAACAUGAUACCCAGUUCUGAACCAGUCAUUUAA